CUUCUAUACACAUUUGCUUCGUCCGUCGACUUCGUCUAGGUAUGGAUCCGCUUAGCGUUACAGCCAGCAUCAUCACAGUUCUCCAGCUCUCGGCCAAGGUUCUCGCGUAUCUGAGCGAUGUCAAAGAUGCACCAAAAGACCGCACGCACUGCGAAGCUGAAAUAUCAAACAUUCGUAAUCUGCUUUGCAGCCUACGAGAUCACGUUCAAAAAGGGGAUCCUAACCAGCCAUGGUAUACUGAUGUCGGAGCACUCGCAGCCUCCAACGGGCCACUUGACCAGUUCAAGCAGGCGCUCAAAGCGCUGCAGAGUAAGAUGACAGACGGAGGUCGAUUGAAGAAGGCAGGCGAAGCACUAGUGUGGAGGUUCAAGAAGGAUGAGAUUGCUAGCAUACUGGAUCGAAUAGAGCGUUUGAAAACGCUGGUGGAGAUCGCGUUACAGAUAGACCACUUCAAACUGUCCCAAGCUAUUAAAGACGAUACUAACUUCGUUCGAACGCACGUGCCCGCCCUACAGUCUGGAGUAGACAAGAUCCAGCAAGAUCAAGCCGAUACAAAACACGGCAAGCUGGUGGAAUGGAUCUCACCUACCGAUUACCCCGCCCAGCAAUCAGACAUUAUAGGUCGCAGACAGGAGGGAACGGGCCAGUGGUUUCUCAACGCACCCGAGUUCGCAAGGUGGCUCGGUGAGCCGAAGGGUACUCUCUUCUGCCCGGGAAUUCCUGGCGCAGGCAAGACGAUGGUGGCCGCGAUCGCGAUCGACUACCUGCUAAAGUCGGUGCAGAGCAGCUCGUCCGGCGUUGCGUACGUGUACUGCAACUACAAAGCGCAGGAAGAGCAGGAGGCUUCCAGCAUUCUGGCAGCUGUCGUCAAGCAGCUGGUGCAGGCUCGACCGUCGACAGCGGAGCCUAUAGAGCGAUUGCACAAGCAGCAUGCCAAUCGAGGUACGAAGCCAUCGCUCGAGGAGAUCUUUAGCACACUCUGGGAAGUAGUUGCAAAGCACUCGAUUGUCUAUAUCGUAGUCGAUGCGUUGGAUGAGUGCCGAGACAGCGACGGCACUCGUAGCCAGUUUCUAGCCAGACUCCGAGAGUUGCAAGUAGGACAAGAUAUUCGUCUUAUAGCCACCUCACGUUUUAUACCGGAAGUCGAAGUCGAGUUUCAAACAGCAGUGAGGCUAGAGGUACGAGCUAGUAAUGAGGAUGUAAGGCGAUUUGUGGCUGGCCAGAUAUAUCGACUGCCUAAAUGUAUUCAGCGUAACCCUGCACUGCAGAAAAUGAUAGAAGAAAAGAUCCCAGAGACAGUAGACGGCAUGUUUCUUCUUGCUCGCUUACACAUCGAUUCUCUAUCCGACAAGACAACAGUAAAAAAGGUCAAGACAACACUGGCCAACCUCUCAAAAGGCUUGGCCGCGCUUGAUGAUGCAUACGAAGAUGCUUUGCAAAGAAUUAAGAGCCAAUUGGACGGUCACUACAAACUGGCCAAGAAAGUCCUGUCAUGGAUUACGUACGCAAGAAGGCCACUCACAACAGCCGAGUUGUGCUGUGCCCUAGCGGUAGAACCAGAGGAAGCGGAGCUCGAUCCGGACAACGUACCUGACGUCGAGGACCUGCUAUCCGUGUGCUCUGGCCUUGCCGUUGUUGAUCGAGAAAGUGCUGUUAUCCGUCUCGUGCACUACACUACGCAAGAGUACUUCGAGCGCAUCAGAGAUAAAUGGGAUCCAGGUGCUCAACUGCAUAUUACCUCAACAUGCCUCACCUACCUAUCGUUUGACAUGUUCAAGACGGGUAGCUGCUCCUCUGACAAAAAGUUCGGAGAGAGACUUCAGGAAAGCAAGUUCCUGGAGUAUGCAGCCAAGCACUGGGGAGAGCAUGCUGUAACGGUGCAAGGCGAAGUAUGUGUGCUAGCCUGCUCGUUUCUUUCGGAUAACAAGUUGGUUUCUAGCGCCACGCAGGUAUUACUAACUUCAACGUAUAAGUAUAGAAAUUAUAGCCAGAUAUAUCCCAACGGCAGCACAGGAUUACAUCUCGCAGCACGGCUAGGAUUAUCGGUAAUAUUAGAGGAUAUGCUUCUAAGUCAAGGAGAAGAGAGAGCCAUUGCGUUGCAUAGCAAGGAUAGCUACAGCCAGACCUUAUUAUAUCUCGCGUCGAAAGCUGGUCAUUACAGAACGGUGCAGCUGCUGGUCGACAAGGGCGCCGACGUCAAUGCCCAGGGUGGACACUACGGCAACGCGCUCCAGGCGGCUUCAUCUGGAGGCCACGAGCAGAUUGUGAGGCUGCUGGUUGACAAGGGCGCCGACGUCAAUGCCCAGGGCCACUUACGAGUGCUUGAGCUUCUUAUAUUAAAAGAACCUGCAAUACCGCUCUAUGAUCGUUAUGAGCGCACGUUGCUCUGGUGGGCUGCGGCUGGCAGUAGCACUGCCACUGUGGAAGCGCUUCUACUGCUCGAUUCCGGCAAAGUGGACGCAGACUCGAAGGAUAUGGCAGGUCGGACGCCACUAUCGUGGGCUACGCGACGCGGACACGAGGCAGUUGUGAAACUGCUC